AUGCGAGAGCUCAAAUAUAUUCAUUAUCGAGAUAAUGAUUUUUAUGAGAAUAUAACUACACAUAAUAGACAUUAUUAUUCUCAAACAAAAAAUGUUUCGAACUAUUUAUUAAAUAAUAAUAAUAUUCAUCAUCAUCAUGAACAAGUACAAUUUAAACGUGUAUCAUCUCGUAAUCAUACUAAUAAAUGUCAAAGACAAGUUGUUCGUACACGUAAAUAUUCACAACAAAAACAGGAAAAUAAUAAUAUCCAAAAUUCAACAAAUAAAACAAGAUGUAAUCAAGAUCAAAACUGGUUUCAAACACUCUUAAAAUGUGCUUCACCAUCAACUCCAACAUCUCCAAUUUUAAAUCAAAGAUCACCACUUACACAUCGUUCUCAACUAAGUUCACCAUUGUAUAAAUCUGUUAAACCAUCUCCAUUCAUUGAUUUUUCAUUUAAAAUUCUACCAAAUUCAUCAUCAUCAAAUUCUUGUCUAUCUCGUAUAAUUUUAAUUGUCGAUGGAACAUCAACAAGUUUAAAUAAUCUUUGUCAUAUGUUCGAACAAUUAAAUAUUGAUUUAGUUAUGAAUAAUGAUAAUAAAAAAGUUCAAGUCGAACAUGAUCUUUGGUGUCAUGGUGGUCUUGAUGCUUAUACAUUUACAAUAAAUGAUUCCAAAUCACUAACACUUCCAUCAUGUAUUAAUAAAUUAAAACAAUAUCAAUUAACUAAAAAUGAUCUUUUUUGGUUUACAUUUCCACGUAUACCAUUAAAAAUCGACGAAAAUUCUCUUGAUAAUGAAUCAAUGUUAACAACUAAACUUGAAUUUCUUGAUUCAUUACUUAAUCCAUUUGAAAUAAAAGAUAAUGACGAAGAAUUUGAUAAAAAACUUUGUACAAUAAAUGAUGGUAUUUAUGUUGAAAUGAGUUUUGGUUCAUUAGUUUCAUUAGGAUCAUUUCAUUGUUUUGAAACAAUAAAAAAAUUUAAUGGAAAUAUUCGAACAUGGAAAAUGACAUUUUAUCAAAAUCAUUUUGAUAUUGAUUAUCAAAAAUCUUCAAAUGAUAAUAAUUCACUUGAAGAAUAUCGUAAACGAAUUAAAUCAGAAUUUAUUGAUAAUUGUGCAAUUGUUAAUACAUUAAAUGAUGGAUUUUUAAUUUAUCUUAAUAUGAAAGCGAAUUGUAUUGAUUAUUUAAAUCCAGAUCGAACAAAACCUGGUUUAGAUAAUUUUAUUCGUAUUGUACCAAAAGAAUCCCGACCAUUAUGUUCAACUUUUCGUCUUUUAAUUAAAUUAGAUAAUAAUGCUCUUCCAGCUAAUUUAACAAAACAUUUAAAUGAAAUCAAACUUGUAUUUUCACAUUUUUUAUCAUUCUUCUCAAGAAAUUAUAUCGCGAUAACUUAUGGAUCAAUUCAAACAUCACCCGGAUUAAAUCUUCGUCCAUUAAAACCUUCAUUUUCUUCAUUUAUUAAAAAUUAUGCUUGGUCAAUACUUGUUUCUCUCGGUUAUCGUUUUCAUCAACGUGUAACAUCAUUAUUUACAGCUAAAUUAAAUACUAUUGAAGAUGAUGAAGAUUUUUAUCAUGCAUGUAUACACUUAUGGAGACGGACAAAAGAAUAUUUAUUUAUUGAUUUAUAUGAAGAAUUAAUUGAUUAUUUAUCACGUCAAGCACGUAUACGUGCUGAAGAACGACAAACAAUUUUAUUAAAACCAACAAUAAAACAACCACCUAAAAAUUAUCAAUAUGUACCAAGUGUUACAUUAACACCAACAACAAUUAUUAUUAAGCCUUUAAAAUUAUGCAAAACAAAUCGAGUUUUACGAGAAAAAAAGUUCGGCGGACCAUUUAAUUUUGCAUUAGUUGAAAUUCGUGAAGAAGAUGGUGGUGUUUUAUAUCCAUUGGAUUUUCGACAAAUACGUUGGAAAUUAAAACAAUUAUUAGUUGAUGGUUUUACAAUUGUACCAAAUCGUAUUUAUAAAUAUUUACAUCAUUCACAAUCACAAUUAAAAGAAAAACAAUUUUGGUUUUAUCAUCAUCAUCCGUUAGUAGAAAAUUCAAAUGAAUAUAAAAAUCUUUCAUUUGAUGAUGGUUAUUUAUGGAUGGGAAAUUUUGAUAGUGAACGUGUUAUUGCUAAACAUACAGCACGUAUUGCACAAUGUUUUACAAGUACAGAAGAAACAAUUAGAAUUCCAUCAGAAUGUGUAAAAUAUAUAAAUGAUGUUGAAACAGCAGAUGGAAAAUAUAAUUUUACAGAUGGAUGUGGAACAAUGUCGACUGUAUUACGUGAUGAGAUCAAAACCAAACUUAAUCUUCAUUAUCCAUUUACUGUGAUGCAAAUUCGAUAUGGUGGUUGUAAAGGUGUUCUUACUUUAAGUCCUGAAUUAAAUGGAUGUUCUCAACAACUUGUUUUACGUCAUUCAAUGCGUAAAUUUAGUUCUGAUCAUGAUAUUCUUGAAUCAUGUCGUAUAUCUUCUCCACGUCCACUUUAUUUAAAUCGUCAAACAAUUGUUUUACUUUCUCAUCGUCAUGUUCAUGAUGUUAUAUUUUUAUUAUUACAACAAGAACAUCAUUUAUGGUUAAUUGAAUCUUUAUUAUAUCCAUCAGUAACAUACGAUUUUCUGUAUGAUAAAUUAACACGAAAUUUUUUUCCAUUACGUGAAUUAUUUCUUGAUGGACAAUUAAAUUUAGCUGAAGAACCUUUUUUUCGUCAAUUAAUUGUUACAUUUAUUCAUCAUGAUUUAAUUAAAAUGAAAGAAAAAUCACGUACACGUAUACCAAAACAAUCAGCAAGAAAUCUUAUCGGUGUUGUUGAUGAAUAUGGUGUUUUAGAAUAUGGAGAAGUCUUUGUUCAGUUUAGUAAUUUACGUUCAAAAACUCUUUAUCGUCAAACUCAAUCGCCAGUAAAUUCACCAAAUAGUGAUUUUGAUGAUCAGAUAUCAAAUGAAUUUGAAUGGACCGAAACAACAAUAUUAAAUAAUAUUCGGGUUGUUGUUACUAAACAUCCAUGUCAUCAUCCAGGUGAUAUGAGAACAUUUAAUGCUGUUGAUAAACCUGAAUUACGACAUUUACGUGAUUGUAUUAUCUUGAUGGUGAUGAAUAUGCUGUUUUUUUGGCUUGAUUUACUUGUACCAAAUACUGAAAAUUUUCAACCAUAUGAUUAUGAUUCUCAACAACCACCCGUACCAUUAUCACGUUCAGUAACACGUGAUGAUAUUGUCGAUGUUGUUUUAACUAUAUCUGAACAAGAUUGUUUAGGUAAAUUAUGUUGUACACAUUUAGCUUAUGUGGAUAAAUUAGGUGUACAACAUGAUGAAUGUGUUGCUAUAGCAGCAGCUAUAUCAGAAGAAUUAGAUGCAGGUAAAACUGGUAAACAUCCAUUUAAUGAACAAAAAAUCAAAGAAUUAAAUACAAAAUUAGAUUAUAAAAGACCAGAUUAUAUUGACAAAGAUCAAUUUGAGCUUUAUCCAAGUGAACAUGUACUUGGUAAAUUAUUUCGUUCAAUAAAUCGUUCACAAUCAACAUGGUCAUUAAUUAAUCAUUCAGCUUAUCAUCCAGAAGAAAAAGAUCCAUCCUAUGAUAUAUUAUCAACAAUUGAACGUGUACCUAUUGAUGUAUAUUUAAUUCAUCCAAAUUAUCAAAUAUAUACAUCAUCAGCAUUAGAUUUAUAUCGAACUUAUCGUGAUGCAUUAUUAAAUAUAAUGUUUGCAUAUCAUUUUGUAUCGGAUAUUGAUUUAAUUUGUCGGUUUGAUUCACAACAACAACAAUGUAUGUCGAAACAUAUUGAUGUUGCUGAUUCAGCACAAGUGGAAUUAAAAGCAUUAAUGGAUAGAAUAAAAACAUUAUUUUAUGCGGAAUUUAAUGUUCGAGAAGAAACUGAACGUGGACGAAUAAAUAUAAAAAGAGAUGGAGAAAUCUGUUAUUUAGAUGAAAAAUUAGCUAAAGCUAGUGCAUGUUAUGUUGUCUGUUAUCAAUAUGAACAAGCACAACAUCCAAAACGUAUUCUUUCAUUUCCUUGGUUAUUUUCACGUUUACUUGUUCAACUUCGACAACAAAAUUUAACUAUUAUUGCUAAAGCAAUUGAUAGACCAAUUUCACAAUUACGUGAACAUGCAACUAUCGCUCAUGUUAUGAAAAAUACACUUAAUCGAUUAGUUGAACAACGAGAAUUACGAUUUCAUGUUGAAUUUAUUGAUAACAAAGAUGCUUCAUUCAUUGUAAAUAAACAAAUUCGUUUACGAUUAGAUGAUCCGGUAACAAAUAUUGAAUCUGAUAAUAUUCAUAUACAUCUUAUUGAAAUAUGUUUUAUUGAAAUAAUUCAUAAUUGGUUAUCUCGACAGAAUAUUUUUGAUACAAAUAAUAAUAUAUCAACAAAUAAAAAACCAUUAAUUAAUGAACAACGUUGUUGGCAACAUAUAUUAACAAAAUUUAUUUAUGAAAUCAAUGAACAAGGCCCAUUUGAUUGUUCAAAUUUAUGUAUAAGACAAGGGCAAUCAUCGGAAAAUUAUUAUAAUUCAAUAAAAAAACUUCUUUCACAUUGGUCAUAUGAUAUGGAUGUGUCUAAUCAAUGGUCAUAUGAUGAAUAUAUAUCAACAAUGUAUCAUCAUUUAAUUCGUUUAGCAUCAUUUUGUUCACAAAAUCAUAUAUUAAAUAAAGAAAAAUUUGAUUUUUGUUAUUUACAUGAAUAUUUAAUACUUGCUUUACAAAGUAUUGUUCUUGGUGUUCAAGGAGAAGAAAAUGGAUGGGCUAAUUUACAAAUUGAUGAUAGUGAUCGUGAACAAUGA